AUGCCCUGGCUCGGUCAUCCGCUGAAGUACCGAAUGAAGAGGGAUGGCGACAAAAUGACGUUCACGGACCUUGUCAGUCUGUACACGCCCGCGGAAAACGAUUACCUAUCAAGAUUUGUCGACAAAUUCCUAUACCCCCUCUUCUUGACUCCCGGGUCAAGCAAAGAAGCGAAGUACGUAAACGAACAAAAGAUGCAGAAAUUCGUUACCUUCGUGGGCACGAUCAUCUCAAUUGGCUUCCUUGUAUCUGCGAUGUGGAUUCUGUGGCGACUGGAUGACCACAUGGUAGCCAAAUUGGGGACGGUCACUGGCUUUGUUGUGGCUUUCGCAGGAUGGCUAGGCUUCCUGACAACGGCGCAAAGGAAAGACGUCAUCGCAGCAACGGCGGCAUAUGCGGCUGUACUGGUUGUUUUCGUCAGCCAACAGAGCCCGACGGCGGUUGUGGCGCAAGGCACUGGUGCUGCGGUAACGCAAAGCUGA